AUGAAGGUUAUAGGUGUAGAUUCUCGGAAGGUGAGAGCUAUAGCUGAAUUUCCAAAGCCACAAAAUAUCACUGAUCUCAGGUCAUUCAUGGGUUUAACCAAUCAGCUUGGGAGUUUUUCUUCUGCGAUUGCAGCUGCUGCACAGCCACUCAGGGACCUGCUUAAACCUCGGAAUGAGUGGUGCUGGACCCCUCAACAUGACAUGGCUUUCGAGAAAACUAAAGAAGCACUCAUAGCUCCUCCUGUUUUAGCUCAUUUUGGAUGCAUCGUUUUACCUACUAUGCUCAAACUGACGCAUCCAAGUUACAUGGUAUGGGGUUUGUUUUGCUGCAACAACAUGGAGAGGCUUGGAAGCUCAUCCAGUGUGGAUCCAGGUUUUUAA